AUGAAUAUGUCUUUCAUGGCUGGACUUGAGAUGAACUUAGAUUUUGUUUUAAGAGCACCUAAGAAGCCCACAAUAAUUGCAAUUUGCAGCCCUCUGAUUCCAAUGAUAUUUGGGAACUGGAAUUUAUUCUUUGGGUUCCCUGUUCGUGCAAACAUUCUUGUGGACCUUAAACUUCUCUACACUAGGCUUGGAAAAUUGGCAUUAAAAGUAGCAACACACAAUGACUUCUAUAAUUGGAUUAUGUUUGCAUUUGUGUUUCCAUUUGUUGUUAAUGGUUAUAGAGCAAUUUUCUCAAUGCUGUGUGCCAUAGCUUUUAUUCUCUUAAGCCACUUUGUGUUGCGCCCUUUGCUAGAGAAGAUAGUGGCCAAGAAACCAAACAAGCUUGAUUGGACCAAUUACCAGUUGUCAUUUGUGAUCAUGGGGCUUUUCGCUUGCACGGGGCUUACCGAUGUCCUCGGUGUGAAUCCCCUUGUCGGGGCGUUGAUUUACGGACUUGCCAUUCCACGAGGAAGCUUCACUGAGAUGUUGGUGGAGAGAUCGGAUGAUUUUGGAUCUAGAUACUUAGCACCCUUGUUCUUUUUCAGUGGUGGCUUGAGGUGCAAUGUAGUUAAGGUUUUGCAGACUGUAGAUUUGGGUUUUGUUGUUAUAGUGAUCUUGUCUAUCCUCACAAACAUUGUUACAACAUUUGCAGUUACUCGCUACUAUGGUAUGCCUUUCAGAGAGAGUUUGGCUUUUGGGUUGCUUAUGAACACCAAAGGCGUCUUGUCACUCAUAGUGCUCAACAUUGCAUCGGAUAAUAAGAUGCUUAUAAGUGCAUACGCAUUCUCAAUCAUGACGCUUACUAUUCUGAUAAUGACUUUCAUGGUGUCUCCAAUAAUCAACGUCAUUUACAGGCCAAAAACAGCCUAUAGGAUGAACAUGCUAAGGACCAUACAAAACCUAGGGUUUCAAACAGAAGUUCAAAUCUUGGUUUGUGUGCACAAUCCUCGCCAUGCUAGUGGAAUGGUGAAUAUCCUAGAGGCCUUAAGUGGCAUCAGUGUCUACUCUUUGCAAGUGACAGCAGUUCAACUCGUUGAGCUCAAAGGUAGUGUCACUAGCCUUGUCUCUGCUCAACUCGAGCAUCUCGCUCAGAUUCUCACAAUCACAAUCACAAUCACAAUCAUUUGA